UGAGUGGAAUCGUCACCUUUCCUGCAUUCGCUAAACUGUUGCCUGUAAAGAAGGAGCCAGGAACUUAACCAAUUCGGGCUGUUUCUAUUCAAAUGUUCCAAGAGGGCAUCUACACAUCCGGAGACUUCUCAGUGCUCUUUGAAGCUUAGAAGAAACGGACAUCAGAAACUGCCCUCUGAAACCAUAUUCCAGAGGUGCUCCUGAACAAGUUGUCUGCUGGUGUGAGCUUCAAGGGGGAUAUGUAAAAGGCCAACCGCAUUCAUUCAUUCUGUGACCCAGGAAAGGAAAAUUAGCCUGUGAGCAAUCCUGACAGUUGAAUUCUCUGAGCCCUGGCCUGUCGUCAGCAUAUCUGAGACCCUCUCCUGCUGAGAAUCAGUAGCUCUGGCAACCCUUCGCCUGCAGGAUACCGUGAGGGAAAUCAACAAAGCUGUAGACAAUUCAUGCCCUAUACUCUGACAUCCUUCAAGCUGGGCAUCUGAGCGGGAACAUUGUAAUCUCCAACCUUAGGGAAGACUGACAAAGUCAGGCAAGAGGGCUGAAAACUCGGAUAUGCUGAGCCAGUGAUAUACAAAACCUUAAGCAAAUCACCUCACAGGGGAACCCGAUUAAAGCAACAUCAUUAGUCUGCAGAUCUAGAUGAACUGUUGAUAAGAAGGAGCCUUUUCUCCUGGUACUAAAAACAAAGCAAAACAAAAUAAAAGAGAACCUCAACAAUCUAAUAUAAUACAUUAAGAGAUUCUUGUCUCCAUGCCAGUAUUAUAAAGUUGUUUCACCAUAUUUAUUUUCACCAGUGAAAGAUUAAGAGUGUGAACACUGACUAUUUCUUUACUUGUUGUCUAAACUGACUAAGACGCUCUGGUAGGCCUAUUUGCCAGGGGUCUGCUUACUAGAGCACAGGGACGUGCAACAACUGGUAAGUUAGAGGACUACUCACUGCCUUCUUGCUUAUGCGCUACUGAUUUUGGUCUGUAUCACAUUGGUGAAGCACCACCAAAACAUUCACAGACAGGUCAGGUGACUGUGGAAUGCCUCAAGGGCAAUAGAAAUCAAAUAGAAGCAAAUAUCAACUCAAAUCUUGAGUGAUGACGGAGGUGCAUUUUAAGUAUCAUGGAAAUCUCACGGGGCGGGCUCAUUUUCCCACUCUGGCAACAGAGGUUGACACCACUUCAGACAAGUAUUCCAACCUGUACAUGUAUGUAGGCUUGUUUCUGAGCCUGCUGGCCAUUCUUCUCAUCCUGCUCUUCACAAUGCUUCUUCGACUCAAGCAUGUCAUCUCACCCAUCACCGAGAGCACAGAGAGUGUUCCUCAGUUCACAGACGUGGAAAUGCAAAGCCGAAUUCCCACUCCUUAAAGUCAGACCGCUGGCGAGACUUCAUCGGAUAUCAGCAAAGCCUGGAGGGCUGAUGUACAAGAAGGCUUUCUUUUCCUUGUGAGGCUUCGCAUGUAGCAAGCUGCUCGUGUUUUCUAUUCGUCAUUCUUCAUCUUCACUGUGCUUGUGGGACAUCUAAGAGGCUUAAGAGUCAUUCUUUUAAAGGAAACCGGCAAAUAGCAGCUGGUUGAGCUGGUAGGUUUCCAUAGUAACCAGAGAGCUCCUGAGCCUUGAACAAACCUCAGACCACAGAAAUUCAUAUGCAGCAGUUGUUAAAAUGCAAGAUCCUUGGAAGCUGCAAACACGAAUUUCCCUUAGGAUGUUCUGAGGACCCCCAAGAAAAUGACAGGCUUUAAUUUAUUACUUUAACUCGAAAGAAUGAUUUCAUAUGUAACACGGACAUCUCUUGACCUGGAGCUAAAUCAUGUCACAGGUGAAUGGAACGGAUUAUUAAUCUUUUCUCAAACGAACAAUGCUUUAAUUAUCAUAGGCCUUCCGAUUUCUCCCAAAUUAAGGAAGAGAUUUAAAGAACCUGCUACUAUUGGAGGAGAAAUUUUGCAGAAAGUUUCCGGUGAAUGAGAAAAAUGCGCAUAUUCUAUCUAUGUUAUUACUAUUACUGGACUUUUAAAAACUCAGAUAAUGGCAGAUGUAUUACUGCAAUCUGGGACAAUGAGCUCCUUCCAAAUCAAGGAAAAAUUAAGUCAAACUUUUCUCAUAAGGAUUUUUGCAUUAUACAUGCAGCUUCUUUGUCUUUUUCUCCCUUCUUACCCCAAAGCAGGAUUGAGUUGCACAUAAGUGUGAACUUGAUUUGAAGGUUGACUUGGUAACGAAGACACAAGUGUAUAUUUCAAAGCAGAACGAAAUGAUCUUGGGAUUCUGUUACUGAGUGACUCUGACUUUGACCAAAGCAUGCCAGCUUUCUGGGUCUCGAAUUUUUCUUGUUGAAAACUAUUCAGAGAGCUAUUUCAUUAUCACUUUUUAGAUAUGAGUAUAAGACACACACAGACUGAAGGGGAUAAAACUAAAAGUUACCCUGCAACAAGUUGUUAUUAAGAUCAAUGUCCUCAAAUGUCACAUUUGUCUUUCCCAGAAUAUGCUCCUUCCUUCCUGAUCCCUGCCAAAAACUGAAGUGUUUCACUUAUUGUCUAUAAGAGAGGUAUAUUUUAAAAGUUUCCAUUCUCAUGAGUAGCUUUAGUGUGCCAGUAAUGAAUAAUUUAAUUAAAGAAAACUUUACUUUUCAAAGUGAAACCAAAGGAGACAAGCGACGUUUACAAAUUAGAAGUCGGAAAAUUGGUCAUAUUCUUGCCGCCAAAGAAAUGGGAUGCCUGUCUUAGAGUUUUACAUGUUUAUAAAAAAAAUCAGUUGCUCCUUGUAAUUAAAGCAUUGUCAUUAAAUUUCAU